CGUCUCAUUCAUUAUGCAUCUCUCCGCAACUCCGAAGUUCCAAACCCCUUUUAAAAAACCCCCCAAUUCUCAGUUCCUCAAUCUAUUGUUAUCUCUCUCAUAACAAAUGAGUUGGAAAAUUAUUUAUUUUUGCGUAUGUUUAUGUAACCAGUGGUGAUUAGCAGAUUAGGAGGAGAUCAAGAUACGAUGGCUCAACCAUCUGUGAUCCUCGCUACGGCUAGCUAUGAUCACACCAUCAGGUUCUGGGAGGCCAAAAGCGGCCGCUGUUAUCGCACCAUUCAAUACCCUGAUUCGCAAGUGAAUCGACUUGAGAUAACACCAGAUAAACGAUACGUUGCUGCAGCAGGGAAUCCCCAUAUUCGGUUGUUUGAUGUUAAUUCUAACAGUCCUCAACCAGUGAUGAGUUAUGAUUCACAUACUAACAAUGUUAUGGCAGUGGGAUUUCAAUGUGAUGGGGACUGGAUGUAUUCAGGGUCUGAGGAUGGGACAGUCAAGAUUUGGGAUUUGAGGGCUCCUGGUUGUCAAAGGGAAUAUGAGAGUCGUGCGGCUGUUAACACUGUGGUCUUACACCCAAAUCAGACUGAACUGAUAUCUGGGGACCAGAAUGGGAACAUUCGUGUGUGGGACUUGACAGCAAAUUCGUGCAGCUGUGAGUUGGUUCCAGAGGUGGACACAGCAGUAAGGUCACUAACAGUUAUGUGGGAUGGGAGCCUUGUAGUCGCUGCUAAUAAUCGUGGAACAUGCUAUGUUUGGCGAUUGUUGCGAGGGACCCAGACUAUGACAAACUUUGAGCCCCUUCAUAAGCUACAAGCCCAUGAUGGUUAUAUUCUCAAAUGUCUUCUAUCGCCCGAGUACUGUGAACCCCACAGAUAUCUGGCUACUGCAUCUUCUGACCACACUGUCAAAAUAUGGAACGUUGAUGGCUUCACUUUGGAGAAAACUUUAAUUGGUCAUCAACGCUGGGUAUGGGACUGUGUUUUUUCUGUAGACGGUGCCUAUCUGAUAACAGCUUCGUCAGAUACAACCGCAAGACUUUGGUCCAUGUCAACUGGUGAAGAUAUUAAGGUGUACCAAGGGCAUCAUAAAGCAACUGUAUGUUGUGCGCUACAUGAUGGAGCUGAGCCCUCUCCAGCCUGAACCAACCCAGUAUUCAUGUUAUUGCUUUGUCUACAUAGCAUUUAUGAGAUGUGAAAUGGCAUAUUUGAUUUUCGCCAAUCAUUGACAACUCAAAUAUUAACUAGUGAUUUGUAAAGUGAAAACAUCUUAUCCCCUCAUGACAAAACAUAGAUGAAUUUUUCAGUUGACAUUUUGGCAUUCAAAUCACUUGGCAGGCCCUAUAAGCUAGAAUACAUGUUCAAUGUGAUAAUGUUAAUGAAGAAUUUUGAAUCAAACCUGA